GCGGCUGCGCCGGAGUAUCGUAAAUAGUUGCCACUGAGACACAACGGUGUCCUUUGGGGAAAAGCACUACAUAGACAUAAUAUAUUGUGUUAGUUGGUGUCCGCCCAAAGAGCCAAGUGUUCUAUUAAAGAAUAAACAAAUCUCAACAAAAUGAGUAUCACAGCAGCAGAGAAUGUUGCUGCGAGCAGCACGUGGGCUGCCACCAGCAUGUUCUACAUGCUCCUGGUACCAGCUAUGAUCCUCUGGUAUACCUACUGGAGGAUGUCCAGGCGUCACAUGUACGAACUGGCUGACAAACUCAUAGGACCCAAAGGCCUGCCUUUGAUUGGAAACGCUCUGGAGUUCACCGGUGGCUCUUCUGAUAUCUUCAAGAACCUGGUGACCAAGAGCACCGAGUUCGACCACGAAUCCGUUGUCAAGAUCUGGAUCGGCCCCAGACUGUUGGUGUUCUUGUACGAGCCCCGUGAUGUCGAGCUCAUCCUCAGCAGCCACGUUCACAUCGACAAGGCCGAAGACUACAGAUUCUUCAAGCCCUGGCUUGGAGAUGGUCUUCUCAUCAGUACCGGCCAGAAAUGGCGCUCUCACCGCAAGCUGAUCGCUCCUACCUUCCACUUGAACGUGCUGAAGAGUUUCAUUGACCUGUUCAAUGCUAACUCCAGAGCCGUUGUUGAUAAGCUGAAGAAGGAGAGCGGAGCGUUCGAUUGCCACGACUAUAUGAGCGAGUGCACUGUUGAGAUCCUGCUGGAGACCGCUAUGGGAGUCAGCAAAAGCACCCAAGACCAGAGUGGAUUUGAAUACGCCAUGGCUGUGAUGAAGAUGUGCGACAUUCUCCACUUGAGACACACCAAGAUCUGGAUGAGACCCGACAUCCUGUUCAACCUUACCGAGUACGCCAAGAACCAGAACAAACUUCUUGACAUCAUCCAUGGACUGACGAAGAAGGUCAUCAAGAGGAAGAAGGAAGAAUUCAAAUCUGGCAAGAAACCCUCCAUCCUAACUGAGACUACUGAAUCUACCUCUGCCGAACCAGGCAAGGUCACAUCUGUUGAGGGUCUGUCCUUCGGUCAGGCCGCCGGACUUAAGGACGACUUGGAUGUUGACGACAACGAUGUUGGACAGAAGAAGCGUCUUGCUUUCCUCGACCUGCUUCUUGAGAGCUCUCAGAGCGGAGUAGCCAUCACCGAUGAGGAAAUCAAAGAACAAGUAGACACUAUCAUGUUUGAGGGUCACGACACCACAGCUGCUGGCAGCAGUUUCUUCCUAUCCAUGAUGGGUAUCCACCAGGACAUCCAAGACAAAGUCAUUGAGGAGAUCGACCAGAUCUUCGGCGACUCAGAUCGCCCCGCCACAUUCCAAGACACUCUCGAGAUGAAAUACCUCGAAAGGUGCCUCAUGGAGACCCUUAGGAUGUUCCCUCCGGUGCCUAUCAUCGCUCGUCACUUGAAACAAGAUAUUACUCUGCCAUCAAACGGCAAGCAGGUGCCAGCUGGUACUACCGUUGUCAUCACCACGUACAAACUGCACCGUCGCCCCGAUGUGUACCCCAACCCGGACAAAUUCGACCCCGACAACUUCCUGCCCGAGCGCUCUGCUAACCGCCACUACUACGCUUUCGUGCCAUUCUCAGCUGGCCCCAGGAGUUGCGUAGGCCGCAAAUACGCUAUGCUGAAGCUCAAGAUCAUCCUGUCUACCAUUUUGAGAAACUUCCGCGUCCAAUCCGACCUCAAGGAGAAGGACUUCCAGCUGCAGGCUGAUAUCAUUCUCAAGCGCGCUGAAGGCUUCAAGGUCCGUCUGGAACCCCGCAAGAGGGUGGCCAAGGCCUGCUAACUACCCUACCUAACGACUAAUUAUACAUUUUAGUACCUUAUCUGUAACUGUAACUAUGUGCACAUGUUUACAUGUCUUAAGUUAUUAGCGCUUGUGAUACCAGUACUGACUAAAUUAUUGUUAUUAUUAUUGUUAAGUAUUGAUGACAUAACGGUGGUAGAACUCAGAAUACACGGGAUUGAUCAUGGUGCAAGGAUUGCAGUUUUCGCUCAACCAUGUUGAAUUAAUUGUACUUGGUAAUUGAUGAUUGUAAAUAGUAAAUUAUAUUCUUUGUAUGAAUACGAUGAAUAUGAUAAACCAAUAAAAUAUUGUCAGAAUUAAUAAAA